GGUAGGUCAUUUUAUCCACAAUGUCGGGCGACGACGGAAAGUUGUCGGUGUACUCGCAAUAUGCAAGGGCUGUAUUCUCUCUCCUGUUAGAUGUACCCUCUACUUUCAUAAAAGGUACGGUAGACACAUUUCGUGGAGAAAAGAAGACUGUUCCUUACUAUCACCGAAGGUUCAACAGAGUUCCUACCAUCGAUGAGUGCUACACUGAUGAUGAAUUGUGCAGAUUUGAAGCAAAUCAACAGUUCAAAAGAGACAAACAAGUGGACAGUGACAUAGUUUAUAUUUUAAGGAAAAGAUAUCUACGAUGUGCACUAUCUGACCUCUACAACAGAGAUACAACAUGUAAAGAGGUGAAGGAAACAUUUCACAAAGCUAGAGAUGACUGGAUGAUAAAAUAUGGACACUUACCUGUAUAUUAUGAUGUGGUGAAUGCUUACAUGAAGCAGAAGCACCGUAUGGUAAACGAGAGAAGAAUGCAAGAAAAAGCUGCUAACGAAGAAGGAAUGGCAGAGUCUGGAGGAGAGAUGGUAGAGGAAUGAAACAUCAUGUGAAAACUGGCCAGGAUAUGACAGAACAUUAAAACACAUCAGAAUGCCUAAAACAUAUACAUAUAUGUUGGCUUAAAAGAUAUUAGUGACAGUAGUAAUAUCAAACUAAAUGAAAUGUCAAAUUGUGAUUUGGGUGAUUUAGACCUGUUCACACUGUCCAGUGUUUGGUAUUUAAAGUGUUUCAUUGGUGAGUGGGUACUGUUACAAUGCCACAUUACAGGGAACAGUUAAAGGAACCAUCUGACUUGACUUAUGUCAACUAUUUUUGUUACUACAAUGGUACUCUUUCUAAUUUCUGAAUGAGUUCAUUGUACUUUUUAUGAAUGCGGAAAUAAAUGAUUUUGAAAGUGUGAA